GCCAAUAAACAAUAUAAAGAAGAGGAAGCAGUCCGCGGCUACGAGCUGUGCUUGCAGCCGUAGCAGUUUUCACUUAAAGCUCUGUGGAUAGAGGCUGUGGCAAGCUUUCUCUUUUACGGAUCAUUAGAGAGGCUGCAGCAAUGGGCCCAGACACCACACCUGUCCCUAAAACAGAAUCUGCAGAGGAAAGUCCAGAAAUAGUGGUGGUGAAAAUAAUCUCAGAAUCAGAUUCCAGUGAUGCUUCAGUGACCGAGCCAGAGAACAAACAGCCACAGAGCAACACAUCAGACAAGUGUUACCCUUGCACUGUCUGUGGCAAGGUAUUUGACAGACCGUCAAAGCUAGAGUGGCAUAAACCUGUACACACGAGGAAGCCCAAGACUCUUCAUGAGUGUGAGGAUUGUAAUAUAAGCUUUACAAAACAAGAGACGCUGAUCCGACACCAGAAUUGCCACAGUAGGACUAACAAGCAUCCCUGUCCUGACUGUGGAAAAGUGUUCAAUAGACCCUCAAGGUUAGAGAGGCAUAAACGCACACACACAAAACAACCCAAGGUACCUCAUCAGUGUUCAUACUGCAUGAAGACGUUCAGAAAACUUAACAAACUCAUUCGUCACAAGCGUAUGCACACUGGAGAGAAGCCUUUCACCUGUUCGGUCUGCGGUAAGGGAUUCUCCGAGUCAGGUCACUGCAAAGCACACGAAAAGACACACGAGGAGCAGCCAGAAAAACCUCACAGUUGUGCGGAUUGCGGGAUGUGUUUCUUCAAGGCCUCGUCACUUCGUAGGCACUUCAGCUCCCACACAGGAGAGAAGCCUUUCAAAUGCACCUUGUGUGAGAGCUGCUUCUCUCGCUCUGAGGGACUGAAAAGGCACAUGAGGAGCCACACAGGGGAAAGACCAUACAAAUGCAUUAUCUGUGGCAAGCAGUUUUAUUCUCGCCAGGAUUUGAAUAUUCACGGAUUGACCCACACAGGGGAGAAGCCACAUCUUUGCCCUGUGUGUGGUAAAGGCUUUUCACAGCUGGGCAACAUGAAAGAGCAUGAACAAAAUGUUCAUAUUAAGUCAGAAAAUUAUAUUUGUAGUGAUUGUGGAGCAACUUUCACACGAAACACGUCACUGACAAAGCAUCGGCGGACACAUACUGGAGAAAGACCCUAUCUGUGCCUCACCUGCGGCUGCAGGUUUUCAUGGAGCCAUUCCCUUAGCAGACACCGGAGGUCACAUGCACACAGACAGAUGGCUGGGGACACAUCCAAAGAAAUACUAAGUUUUGAAGGACCUUCAGAGAAUCCCGACAGUGUAACGUAAAAGCCGAGUACUUUUUAAAAGCACUUUUCCUCUUCAUUUAGUUUUGCUGAAAAGAAAGAGCGAGAAGCUCAAGCUCAAGAUGUGUUUGCUGAAGUCUGUAUUUAUUGGAAUACAGCAGCAGUUAAAAUUCUGGAUAUGCCUAGGAUAUGUACUGUUUGAUCUCACAGCUCAGUGUAGGUCUGCUCUGUUCACUGUUAUGACAUGUGGUGUGGCUAUAGUUUAAGAAUAUUUCAUAGUACUUUACCAAAGGACAAGAUAAUAGAGUUGCCCUGCCAAAUGGCUGGAAAGUUUCUCUGGACCUACAGUUAUAUCAGUAAAAAUUAAAUGAAUGAAGAACAUAGAGGUACUCCACUCUUGAGUGCAGUAGCAUUUUUCAGCUCAUACAAGUUGUGAAAAAAAUUAAAUGAACAAAGAACAUUGUACUUUUUAAGUUUUUAUAUCAGUAUAAUUUUAUAUUUGAUGUACAACAUAUAUAUGAUGUAGUUGUGUAAUCCAAUGAUUUUAUCUCAUUCAUGCAUGAUAGCUUACAUUCAAUAAAGAUACAUUGUGACGUACUGUGAUUAACUUUGUAGUAAUACCAGACAAUGGGCGUUCAAUGUUUUUAUACUGAUAAUCAGUAAAUGUGCUGAAAUGUAUUUUUAUUUGUUCUAUUAUGUCCCAGAUUCUUCUGUGACAUGUUGUGUAUUUGCGAAGUAAGAGAUUUUUGAGUUUUUUGUAUAAUGUCAGUACAGGUCACAGAUUCAUUUAUUAGGCUUUAUCCAUAGUGCAAAUACAGUAAAAUGUAGCCUACAAAUGCAGUAGCAUGGAUUUUCCAGUGUAAUUUGCCAAUUAUAUUUAAUUGUUUUUGUGGGCGCCUGUUUCAAAUGUGAAAUUUCCAUGAAUUACGUGAAUGCAGCAAAGAAACAUCUUGCAGCUGGUGGAGCCUGAUUGAUCUUGCUAAGCGACUGUUUGGUGUGGAACUACUUAACCUGCCUGAGAAAAAAUAGUUACCGCUAUUUUAACAAAAUUUGAAUUUACUGGUUAAGGUACUUUUACAGUUUUUUUGGGUGAAUAAAAGACAGUUAGUUUGAUAAUGGAUCUUUACAUAGAAAGCAUACCUGGGUUCGCACUGGAAGCUGUUAUUGGCUUUACCUGUAAGUUUUUUUUUCCCCUGCAAACAUAAAUUAAGUAGCAUGCUAAGUACUGUACAAAAAUUUGUACAGUAAAUUCUAUAAAAUCUAUAUCUUACAUACUUAACAAGAACAGGAACGUUUCUGUCAUUGAAUUGCUUAUCUAUU